CGCACGCGAACUAUGCAGACUGCGAAGGCAGCCUCCGAGCUGCAGCAUUCUCUUGUUCUAAUCUAAGUGUGUCAAUUAUGUAAUCUCCGCAAGCAGGUGUAGGGGCACGACCACCCCAUGAUGAUAAUGUCGCCUCUAGUACAAAAAUCGUCCUUCGACAUGUGUUUCUUCUUUGUUGCGAUCCCGCUAGCCAUGGUUUGUCCGCCCGUUCCUGUUGCGAUCGUACCUGUCUGGUCCCCUCUCGAUGUCUUUGUCGGAGUGGUUGCUGAGGAACAGGCAGCCCACCGGAACACUGUUGAAAAUGAUUCUACAUCUACUACAGAUUUUGUCAACAUAACACAGACGCAUUCCGAUUCCGAGGAUCGUCUUGAACAAGUGCCUGCUUCUGCUGCACUGGAAACAAGUCGUGAAGCUGCUACUGACACUGCAAGUAAUCGUCCUGUUGCUUCUCAUACAAGAAAUGUGGAGGCACGAAGAGACAGAGACUUACAGCACGACAAGAUCCUCGUGAAAAUGGAUGACAUACACAUAGAUGAAAAACCACCAGAACAACACAUCAAACAGGACAACGCCACACACAACAAACCCGGUGGAAGUUCUGCAGCUUCUGGUGCGCCGCAUGGAGAUCUUUCCACCACCUCCAACAUCCAUGCUCAACCCAAAGAGGAAAAUAAGCAACGGAAAUCAUCAGACGAUUUGCAACAUCCCCUGCUGCUAAACUUUUUUCGGCGUAGCAGCCGUUUUAGUUACACGGUUGGCGCAGCGGUGUUUUUUCUGGAUUUUCUGUUCGAUAGCUACGAGUUUUUUGCGUCGUCCUUGCGGUGGAUUUGGAUAAACUGGCUGAUGCCAGGUAAGGACCAGCGUCCAAAGUCAAACACAACUUUCAAGGAUGCAAGUAGUACGGCGACGAGCUCCUCAACGGCCCGAACGAAGCUUUUCACCCAAUACACGCAACAGCAUUCGCUCUACUCAAGGCGCAGACUGCCGAGCGGUGGGACGCUAGAGGAAAAUGGAAAAGAUGAGAAGAAGAAGCACCAAAACGAACGAAAGGAUCUGGAUCAGGAGCAACAGCAGGAACCCGCAAGAGGAAGAGGAAGAGCUGCGAAGCAUCUUCUCACGGAAAGCGAUCAACAGCUGGAAGCGGCUCAUCGAGAUCAAGUCCGAGAGAACGAAACAGCUAAAAUGGCUAGCGGUAGCGCCACCAGCUCCAGCAACGACACCGAGCGUGACUUGAACAGUACGGUGGCUACGGCCGAGGUAGAAGAUGAAAAAACGCCGGAAGAAGGACAAACUCAGCCGACGCCUGCAGCCAAGGAAGCGGAUGUUGACCAACAAGCGCUGCAAGAAGAAGAACACUCUCCCACCGCUACGCACGAAAAAAUUGAUACCAAGUCCUCCGCCGCGGCAAACAGGAGCCCCAGCAAGGUUUCUUCCUCCGAGAUGAAUUUGAAUGAUCCCCACGAACAAGAACAGCUGAAGAAAAGAAACAAAUCUUCCUCGCACAAUCUGAACCACUCUCUUCUGCACUGGAUCCUGCGCAUCAUGGAGCUCUGUUUUUUCACCGCGCCAAAUUUUGGUCUGUACGGACUGGGGGCAAAGGUGUUCUAUGAACUGAAAAUAUGUUGUCUGGGUGCAGGAAAGACGCCACGAAUUUGUGUUAUUGAGUGAUGCAUGAUGACACAACGAUCUUUUGUAUGGCAUCCACGAGUCACAAGCUUUUCCUGUGGUAUUGCGAGACCCAUCGUGAUCAUUUGCAUGACAAACUGAGUUUCACAGCAUGACAAAAAAACUGCCCAAUUGUAUUCAUUUUUAUGCAUCACAAAGAAAUCAUCGCUGUCCUUGAAGUUUCGCAUCACAAAUCCAGACCCAGACAUAUUUGCAAUGCAUAUGCUCGAACUGUUGACCAUUUCCGCGGAGGAGUUUGACCGGUUGGGCGAGAGCAUUGACAUCGACCCGGACCAAGAGCCGCUUUUCCUGGUGGACAAGGUGAUGCGCGGGGUCAGUGACUCGGGGGAACUGGAAAUCGUGCAGCAACUGCGCGAGGUGGCUGAGGAUUUAGAGAAGAUGAAAAACUUCUUCCAGUACCACCUUGGUUAUUCUACCGACCCGGACCACGCCCAUUGGCCAACCGCGAGCUCAAACCAGGCGAGGAAAAGAGCAAAGGAUCUUAAAGACCGGCGCAGUACUCUAUCUUCACGGACCGCGACUGCAAAUCAGACUGAUGGUGCAGACGGUGUAAUACUUUCGUCCGAUGAGAACAGCUUCGGCGGGGGCACAUCAAGUAGCAGUCACAACUUCAAAAAUCCGCCGGUAUUUACUCUCGAGGACCUGGUCCACCACACACAGAAGGGGGUCGAGAAAGUCUUUUCCUGGCUGCUUUUCUUCGCACACUACCUUUUCGUUUCUUUCGGGCUUUUGGUCUUUUUCAACGUGUUUUUCGUGUGGCUGGUGAUGUGGCUUAUCGUGUGGGGAAACGUGCGACUUACCGUGGACGGGCAGUCAGUGCUGGGCGAGCGGUGGAUGGAGAGACGCCAGAACGACUUGAAAUUUUUCCAAGGCUUUUUCCAACUGGCAAUGUGAGUGGAACGAUGAUGAGACAAAAAAAGUAAGUACUUACUAGUACGGGAGACGCGAUUCUGAUUUUAAAAGAAUGAUCUCUCGACCGAAAGGCUGCAUCUUAUUUCGCCUGAGCUCUAUCGAAUUGACGGCUUUUCAGUUCGUCGGACUGUCGGUAGCGCAAAGUGACCGGCAUAAUGCAUCUUCACGGUAGAGUACGGCACACAACAACAAAAUUAUUCCUUCCUUGAUUUUCAAAGAUUUGAGGCAGAAGCGAUUUUUUGGUAUUGUAAAGAAGCCGAUGAAUUGAGAAAAUUUAUACCACUCGUGUUUUUUCUUGAUUAUCUUUAUCCCC